UCUAGUAGCGAUGGGGCGGUAGUAUGCAGUUUCAAUGUUUUGCCGAACUGCCAUCAAACACCAAAGAAGAAGAAAUCGCAACAAGGCAGCCGGUUAAGAUACCAGUGUUAGCAACAAACUGGGAAUGCGCAAGACGUGUUUGCACUUCAGAUUAAGAAAAAAAAAGUAAAAUUAAAUAAACCAAUGGAGUAUGAGAAUAUUAGAUAUUCCAGGGCGCCUGUCACUUGUAUAUUGAAGCCAACAUAACUGAAACAAAAUUGCGAAAUAAUAUAAUGCGUUGAAAAGGACUGGCGCCAAAAGGGACAGUGGAACCAGCAGCAGGCGAUUUCUAGAAUUGAUGAAGCAUGAAGAGCCCAGUGCACAGAUGCAGGGACGUGGAGCAUGGCCGUGGGCAAGCUUGGGCAGGAAGCAGUUUCUUACAGCCAGAACAACACAUCCCUAUUUCCAAAGACGUCAUCACGUCCUCGUCGGCCUCUGCCAUGUGGUUCAUCAAGGAUGCCUGUGGCAUCAUUUGUGCCAUCAUCACCUGGCUGCUGGUUUUGUAUGCAGAGUUUGUGGUGGUGUUUGUAAUGCUGCUGCCCUCUAAGAAUCGGACGUACAGCAUUGUCAAUGGAUCACUGUUCAAUGUUCUGGCCUUUCUAGCCCUUGCCUCACACCUCAGAGCCAUGUGUACUGAUCCUGGGGCAGUGCCGAAAGGCAAUGCAACAAAGGAAUACAUAGAAAGCCUUCAGCUGAAACCAGGACAGGUGGUCUACAAAUGUCCCAAGUGCUGUAGCAUCAAGCCUGACCGAGCACAUCACUGUAGUGUUUGUAAACGCUGCAUACGAAAGAUGGACCACCACUGCCCAUGGGUCAACAACUGCGUUGGGGAGAACAAUCAAAAGUACUUUGUGUUGUUCACAAUGUACAUAGCGCUUGUCUCUCUCCAUGCUCUAUUCAUGGUGGUUUUCCAUUUUCUCUACUGCUUUGAAGAUGAUUGGACAAAGUGCAGUUCCUUCUCUCCACCAGCAACAGUCAUCCUCCUCAUACUCCUGUGCUUUGAGGGCCUCCUUUUCCUCAUCUUCACCUCUGUGAUGUUUGGUACCCAAGUCCACUCCAUCUGUACUGAUGAAACUGGCAUAGAGCAGUUGAAAAAGGAAGAGAGAAGAUGGGCUAAAAAAACUAAAUGGAUGAACUUGAGGGCGGUGUUUGGACACCCUUUCUCCUUACUCUGGUUUAGCCCUUUCUCCACUCCUGACCAUGGAAAGGCUGAGACAUACCAGUAUGUGGUGUGAAAGGGAAGAAUGAGUCUUCAUAGGAUGAGGCCAAUCUGAGCCUGACACAGCGGCUCUGACAGUCUGUAGUGACUAUGGACACCUUCAUAUUUGCUGUUUUCUUAAUCCAUGCUUAACACUUGUUUACGUGUUGCCUUCUGUGAAAUGGGCGGGGGGAAGGAGUGUUCAUUGUUGAAUAUUAUUUGCAAAAAGAAUCAGUUUUUUCUAUAGGUUGCUUCUUUUAACUCAUUCACUGAUAGUCCUCCAUGUUAACAUCAAUAUUUGAAUUCGAUAGCUAUUAAUGUCAGUACAGGCGACUUGAUUAUAAAACCUGAAUUGACAGCCACCCGCCUCGUACGUUGAAACCAUGUAAGUUAGGACCAGGGACUUCUAGGUGUUUUACAGACGAGUGAAUUUGUCAACUAGUUGACUUGUAGACUUUACUACUCUACGACGACAUUGAGGGUUUGAUGUCGACUAGUCAUUUAUCACAUUUUUGCUCUGCAUGACCCACUUGCACAACAGAUGUGUGCACAGAGUGAUAUGAAAUAUCACCCUUUAAUGGAUAAAAUUGUAUCUUAUUACUGGAUGCACAGCUUUGGGAAGUGAGGGAGAACCAGGAAAGGGGGUAAAAUGCCAGGCUCUAGCAGGACCAUUACCAUUUUAGGUUAAAAGCAAACUACCAUUCAGAUCACUUUUACAUCAUCUGAUAUGUACAUUAUGUAUAUAAUAUCUGACCUCCGAACUUUUCUGACACUUCGGUCACGUACAUGCCCAAACAAUGGUGCGAUGUCAGAACUAACAACCUAUUCAGUGAGUUACCUCCAAUUUUUCUCUUUGUUUUCUCCUAAACUAGAGAAAGGGUAUAAAAAUGAGUGGGAGAGUUGGACCAAUUAAGAAGAGAAAAACCUAUCACUGUCAUAUAAAAUGCGAGGAGUAUUAUUUUUACCGUUCCACCCUAACUGAUGAACAUUUGGAAGUGUGCUUGAGGCUGGCUGUCAGCAGCUACUGUCUGGACUAUGCAUCGCUGGCAGAUUCAAUUCAAUGCAAGUCACUUGAGUAAAUUCAGGUAAUGACAAAAAAAAAAAAAAAGAUGGUUAAUUAUGUUGUGUUUUGCGAGAUUGGCUCACGGGGUGCUGCAAGAUACAUCAACACAUUAGUGCUGAGCUGUCUGUGGCCCUAAAUUUUAGCUCACUCAUAGGUUUCUCCGCUCUCAAACCAGAGACAUUGUCACCAUCCCUACCCACACCAAAAGAGAGAUCACGGGAGGUUGCCUCCCUGAAUAGUAGAUCAUGUAGCAAAAAGGUUUUGGCAGCCCUUAUAUCGAUGCUCUUUGUCGCUUUUGGGAACGUUUUUCACUGGUCAAACAUUCUGUCGAUCUACAAUUAUUGUCCACGAGGUAAACAUGGACAGUGGCCAAAUGGUUCUGGGUGGUGCAAAUGUUAUUAUUUCUAUGGCCCCAAGGUGUACAUUUUUGCAUCGACCAUUUUUUGUGGUCCACUCAGCAUAGAUUAUUUUUUUUCAUAACCCUACUAGCAGACCCCCUUAGCGGGCAGCUUUCAACCACUUUGUUGUUGUUUUGUAACUGUUAUCUUCUCCAUAAAUUCGGUCUUUAAGUGGAGGGGUUAAAAUAUAGCAUUUUACUAAAAAAUAAAAUAAUCAACUACUUUCAUCACAUUAGUGUCUAUUUCUACCUACGAGCUUCUGUGACUUUAUACAAAGGAAAACAAACUUCAAUUACUGUAUAAUUAAGAACCAAAAACAUUGGUGGUAAAAUGUUUUUUGAUUUAUGAUGUUGAUCACAGUUGCGUAAGCAUGAAACAGUGAUUAUUGUGUGACAUUUGUUCAACAAAGCAUGCCGUUGGUGGGUUACAGAAGGAUUCUAUUUAUCUACCAUAUUCCUGGAACUGAAUUUGCUAGCGCGUUCAACUGUGACCAUUCUGAUUUAUUUACUCUUGCUAUGCUCAAAGGAGCUAGCGUGAGAUAGAUUCCGGUGGCCAGACUCGUGAAGAUUAAGGUUUAUCUAAAAAACAAUACAUGUACUUGUCAAGUUCUCCACCAAACUAGUGUAUGUGCUGCAUGCUACUGGUACAACACCUUGCUCUUGUUUUGAGAGGCCUUUAUCACCUCAACCAUACAGACGUUGAAUGUGUUAACAGUUGUAGUUUGGUACUCUGGUCUGCACUUGGUGUCCUUUGAAUAACACGUUUUGUUUACUUAUAUUUUUCCAUACUAGUUUUUAAUUAUCAAAAAUAAAGGUUGCCCAUUAAUAAGCAUGUAUGUAAAGGUACAACAUUCCUGUUAAAAAAAAGUCACACUACUGAAGUCUUAUUGUACCAUUAAUUCCAUCUGACAUAUCCAGAAGGGCUCUAAAAUUUUUGACACCACCACGAGCAGAGGAUGUUGGGAUUCUUGCUUGCGUUUGUUUGUUACUCAGUUCUCAGUUAAGUAGUGACGACAUUAAAUUUCAUGUGAAGCUUCAGAAUGACCAAAUGAUGAAUUGAUUAAUGUUGGAUAAUGAUGGUAAUCCAAAUCAUGAAUUCAUUUGAACACGGGAAACACAAGACACAUGUAUCUCCAUGACAAAUUAGGUAGGUCGCCAUGAUAUGGAGCCCAUGAUUCAUGGUUUUUUACUUUUUCCAUGCCCAACUCAACAGGAAAUCAUUUUUUUAGGGCUCUAAUAAUCAUUUCGGUCUACCGAACUUAAUUUUAAAAUGUGUGGUUUAUUAUUUCUGUUCAUUUAUUUUCGAUUGUAUGUUUCUGAUAUCGUAUAAAGAUAUGAUAUUCAGGAAGGCUACAAGACCAUUGACUGAAACAGAGCUUAUAUAAUUUUGAAGUGUUGUUGAAAAUGUUUGUUUUGGGGUCAUUUCAUUGUGAAACAUCCUGAAGUAAUUUCAACACAUGCAGGGAAUAAACUACUCUGUUGCGAAGCAAAAGUUAUUUCCAGUCUUAUUGGGGAGAUGUACAGUACUUGUUUCUUAUUUAUGUGUCUACCAUUUAUUUCUGUCCACUUGUUUGAUGUUCCAAAUAGUUUGUCUGUCACAUUUUUUGCCAAAUUUGUCCUUGUCUUUCAUUCUGUUCCCAUGUUUUGUUUUGUUUUUGGGGGGGGUUACGUGCACUGCCUUCCCUCCAAUGUUUUUUUCCACACAUAUUUGCUUUGACACAUAAGUGAAGCUCUGAAGCAGACAUCUCUUUAUGGUGACAGGUAAGCUGCGACAAAGUUCACUGUCGCUGUCUCACCAUGUGUACAAUAAGUCCUAAGCAUGCAGGUCAAAGAUUAAAAGACUGAUUCUCCUUGUGUAAUAAGAAUGCACAGUACAGUACAAUAUGCUUGUUAUGGAUGACUAAGCACCUGACUUUUUUGUUCUACUGUAUGCAUGAUGAUAAUUUCAGUCAAUCUUGGAUGUCUGGAAUCUUGCAUGUUUCCAAGGAAGUAAAGACAUCUUAUUCAGUCCAUCAAUUCUCAAUACAAUACUCAUCCACUAUAGUAGAUAUGGUCUAUGAAACGUGUAGAAACCUCCUGAUGCUGAAAUGAUGACGCAUCAUCCUCUUUUUCUUUGGUGCCAUUAUGAGGCUCAGAAUUGUACUGGCCUGUUAAGGCAACAAUUCAAGUGGCAUCUCAACUGCCAUCUGUACAUUUUUUUAUAUCACUUCAUUUGUAUUCGGAGGUGAGGUGUGACCGAUCCCUUCUGACUGUGGGAGAGAAGCGUCGCUGGAUUGGUCACCACCUAAUCAGAGGACCACAAAUAAACUAACCAUUCACACCCGUGUAUAAUUCAGUUUUGACAUAACAUGCAAUUUUUUGGAAUGCAGGACAAAGCUGGAGUCCCUAAGCAAAACCCACGGAAGCACAGGGAGAACAUGCAAACUCCACUCAUAAGGUUCACAUCUGAGAUAAAAAUACUCAACUAAUACUUUAGAGUCAUGGAAUUUACUUACAAAAUGUUUUUAAUAAAAUGAAUCUAAACAAAAUGAAAUGAGUAUUGUAUUAAGAGUCACCAUUCUGUAAAUCUGCUUUUUGUCUCCAUAACCCCGAAGAGCAAACCACUUUCAAGUCACACAUACAGUGCCGUGAAAAAGUAUUUCCCCCCUUCCUGAUUUCUUUUUUUUUUUUUUUUUUGCAUACCUAUCACACACAAAGGUUUCAAGUCAUCACACUAAUUGUAAUAUGGCUCAGAGUAAAGGAAAUACAAAAUGCAGUUUUCAAAUGACUUCAAUUUACUAUGGCACAAAAAAAAAAUGCAAAACUUUCUGACCCUCUGGCAACUAACUGAAAUCAAGCAUUUGCAAUAAUUGGUUCAUGAGUCUUUCACAUUGCUCUUCAGGAAUUUUGUCCGUUUUUUUUUUUUUCCGAGCCAUUCAGCGGUGGACUUUCUUGUGUGUUUUGGAUGAUUGUCCUGCUGCAUGAUCCAAGAGCGCUUGAGUUUGAGGGUAUGAAAUGAUGGUCGGACGUUCUCCUUCAGGAUUUUCUGGUACACACCAGAAUUAAUUUUUCUGUAGAUCACAGCUAGUUGUCUUGGUCCUGAGGUAGCAAAGCACCCUGCAGGUCUUUAGCUGUUCAAGGUUCUUUUGUGACCUCCUGGAUGAGUCUUUGUUGCACUCUUGGAGUAAUUUAAAUUUGAUGUCCACUCCUGGGAAGAUUUGUCACUGUUCCCAGUUAUCUCCAUUUGUGGAUAAUGGCUCUGACAGUGGUUUGCUGGAGCCCCAAAGACCUGGAAAUGGCUCUGUAACCUUUUCCAGAUUGUUGGAUUUCAAUCACUUUUUUUUCCUCAUUUCUUCUUGAAUUUCUUUGGCUCGUGCCAUGAUGCAUUGGUUGUUUAUCUUGUAGCCUACUCCGCAUUCUCUGACAGAUUCUAAUUAAGUAAUUUCUUGAUUCAACAAGUAUGUUGGUAAUCAGGUUUGGGUGUGGCUUGUGAAAUUGACCUCACAUUUCCCACAUUUGUGGUUAGUCGCAGUGACUUUGUGAUUUAACAUUAAACAUUACUUUUUCACAGAGGGUUGUCAUUUAAAAACUACAUUUUGUCUUUCCUUGGGUUGUAUCUGAAUGAUAUUAAAAUUGGAUUGAUGAUUUGAAACCUUUGUGUGUGUGCUAGAUAUGCAAAAAAGAGAAAUCGGAAGAGCCGGAAAAUACUUUUUCAGGGCCCAUUCAUAGAACGACUCACAAUAAUCUUCAUAGUAAGUUUCUUUCGGCUUAUCCCUUUCGGGGUCGCCACAGCGUGUCAUCUCAGAUGAACGCACAUAUAUUUGGCACAAUUUUCACGCCGGAUGCCCUUCCUGACUUAACCCUUCUCAGGGAGUGGAGGCCCCAGUGAGAUACGAACCCACAACCCCUGGUUUACCAAACCAGUGCUCUAACCACUGAGCUACGGGGCCUCCUCACAGUAAUCUUGGAUGACGAUGACAAAUUUCAGCUCAGAG